UCUCUCUCACUCUCACUCUCUGAGGAAGGCGAAAUGGCGCGAAAACCUAGACGUACUGUGCCGGAGAUUCUGCGGAGAUUGUUCAGAGAAAAAGCCAUGAAUCUAAAGGACGCUAUAGUAGAUCUGAUUACUCGCCGGAGUAUCCAGCCGGAGCAGUGCCGGUGCCGGGGGAAAGGUUGUCUCGGCUGCAGCCGCGAUAAACAGUCGUUUCUGUUGCGUCACGACGACCCCACCCACUACCGCCAGCUUCUUCUCCACCGAUGCUUCGUUGUACUUCACCAACAUUCCCCUCCGCUGCCGAGUUUCUCGCCCACGUCUUGGUGGUCACAGCGAGAGAUUGUGGAGAAGGUGAUUGAAACUGGAGGUAAUAGUGGGGAUGUGAUAUGUGCCAGAUAUGACAAGUAUGAUCAGUCUAGUCCUUUUCUGGAGUUAUUGACAACUUCUUCUUGGAUCGGUCAUGAUUUAAUGGCUUAUCUACUACAACACCCAUCGAUAUUCUUACCGUUUCAAGGAAAGAAACACCAGCAAGUGUCAGGGCCUCCUCUACGUAUCAGUGAAAAGGAGACCUUGCCAGUGCACAACAACAAAAGAAAGAGUGGCGAGAGCGUGAAGCCAUCGAAGAAAAGGCAGCGGGUUUCUUCUACUGUCGAUGACUGCCCUAAGGAUGAGUCUGCAGCUGUUACGUCCAAAGUUUCCGUGGAUGUAGUAGGCGAACAUAGAGAGGAGAAACCUAGAAAGCGUUUCCGAUUGUAUCUUAAGCGUCGACGAAAGCAGAGAAAGCUCAAUUGCCCAAAAGUUGACGAUGAGGCGGCACCUUAUGUAACUUCUUGUACAAAAGGUGAACCCUCAACUAGGAAUGAAGCUGCUGGAAGGAAUCUGCAAAGCAGUGCAAGUGGAAGUCUCACUGAUUUUACAAAGCAGGCUAAACAGGUGAAAAGAAAUAAACAUUUCAAGUUUUCCAACUCGGAAAAGGUUUCAGUUAUACCACCAAAUCACAUUUUGAAAACAUUAAGAGCCAACUGCUCUGAUUCAAAGUCCCUGAUGAAUCAUAUAUUUGGUGAAGUAAGUGCUUGGUCCGCAGCGCCAUCUCAUGGCAGAGGCAAUUGUCCCAGUGGAUCUAUUUGCUUGUAUCAUUCACUGCUCAAGUCUCUUAAAAGUCUAAUUGGAAAAACAAAGUCCUCUUAUUUGAAAACGUUACUAGAUAGACACUGUCCUGUUCUUUUGCCACAAGAGGAUGCGCUGAAAUCCACAAAUGCGACUUCUCAGAGUUCCUGGAGGCAAAACUCAGAUGAGCUGCCUCAUGGAUCUUGUUCAGAGAAGGGCAAACCCAAUAGUCACCAAGUAGUUUCCUUUAUUUGGGCCAUCUGUGAGUACAUUAUUCCAGAAGGUUUGCUUGGAAACAUUCAUCAAAAGAGAGUGCUUAGCAAAACCCUUAAUGGGUAUGUCCAAGUGGAGAAAGCUGAAGCUGAAAGCAGAAGGAAAAAAUUUGAGUUAUCGACCUACAGGUUUCUACCAAAGGCAGAUGGUGUGAGGAUGCUGUUAAAUUGUAGUUCCUCGUCAAGCUUGCAUUCUCUUCGUGAUGUACAUUCCGUUUUGAAGGACAUUCAGCUGAAAGAACCAGAUGUCCUUGUGUCUUCUGUUUUUGACCAUGAUGACUUCUACAGAAACCUAGUCCCAUAUCUGAUACACUUGAAGAGUCAACCUGGGGAACUUCCUCCUUUGUUCUUUGUGGUUGCAGAUGUUUACAAAGCAUUUGAUUCGAUCGACCAGGAUAAGCUACUUGAUAUUGCACAACGUAUUCUGAAAGAUGAACACAUCUUAAAAAGAUGCAGGUUGAUCUGCAAUGGGAAGAGAUCAUGCUGGGUAAACAAUGUACUAGUCUCGACUGAUAAUAAUGCUACCGUUUCAAGAUUCACAUCAACUGUUCCAUAUAAUCCUCUGCAAAGUAUCAUUGUUGAUCAGGGAGAAAACCAUCUAGUAAAGAAAAAUGAUCUCAUGCGUUUGAUAAACGACAUGCUAAAGAACAACAUGCUGCAAAUAGAUAAAAACUUCUAUCUACAAACAGAAGGAAUACCUCAGGGACACAGAUUGUCACCUUUGUUAUGCUGUUUGUACUACGGGCAUCUCGAGAGGACUUUGAUCUACCCGUUCCUCGAAGAAGCCUCUGGAAACGUGUCUGCUAAAGAAUGCAAUGGAGAGAAAGAGCUAAUCACUCCCCCAAGCUAUAAGUUAAUGAGAUUUAUCGAUGAUUACCUCUUUGUGUCCACCUCAAGAGAACAGGCCACUAGAUUUUACCAGAGGUUGAAGCAAGGGUUCCCAGAUUACAACUGCUUUAUGAACGACAAGAAAUUCUGCAUAAACUUUGGAGAUGGAGAAGAUUCUAACGGGAUGUAUGUGGGUGAUAGUGAAGUUUCUUUUAUAAGAUGGACGGGUUUGCUUAUUAAUUCUCGUACAUUCGAAGUUCAAGUUGACUACACAAGGUACAUGAGUGGCGAUGUAAGCUCAACCUUUUCGGUAGACUGGCAGAACAAACCAGUUGGAAAUCUUCGGCGUAAAUUGUGUUACUUCUUGGUCCCUAAAUGUCAUCCCAUUCUCUUUGACUCGAACAUCAACUCUGGAGCAAUUGUGAGGUUAAACAUCUAUCAGAUCUUUCUGUUAGCUGCGAUGAAGUGUCAUUGUUAUCUCUACGAAAUGACCCGGUUUUGGAAGCCUCGUCCUCAAACUUUGUCCAAAUUCAUUACAAGAUCUAUCAGGUACAUGUUCAAACUCAUCAAUCGAAGGAUGCACAGAAUCAACACUGGUUCUAGUUUCAGACCAGUUCUUAAACUGUCUAAAGAAGAAGUGAUAUGGCUUGGCUUACACGCUUACAUUGAAGUACUGAAUAAGAAACACUCCAGAUAUCGAUCACUCUUGAACUAUUUGAGUUCUGCACUUUCGAAACUCAAUAUUCCUCUGAAUCUAUCGCCGGAUCUGGAGUAUGCAACGAACCGAUCCAACUCAUCUAUCCUGUGGGAACUGAGUUACUGAUCCUCUAUGAUUAAAGCUGGUAUAAGCGGGUUAAUUUGAUUUCUGUCUUCUUUACAGUUAUUUCUGUGUAACUGUUUAAUAUGACAACGUCACUUUCGGCUCUAUAAUAUGUUUUGAUUCUGUUUGGACAACUGCAUCAGCCCACCUAAUCUUGCAGAAUAAAGUGCACCU